GGCGGGCGCGCGGCCGCAGGCCCCGGCGGCGGCGGCGGCGACGGCGACGGCGGCACGAUGUUCGUGCAGGAGGAGAAGAUCUUCGCGGGCAAGGUGCUGCGGCUGCACGUCUGCGCGUCCGACGGCGCCGAGUGGCUGGAGGAGGCGACCGAGGACACCUCGGUGGAGAAGCUCAAGGAGCGCUGCCUUAAGCACUGCGCUCAUGGGAGCUUAGAAGACCCCAAGAGUGUGACCCAUCACAAAUUAAUACACGCCGCUUCGGAGAGGGUGCUGAGUGACACCAAGACGCUCCUGGAGGAGAACGUCCAGGACGAAGAUGUCUUAUUGCUGAUCAGAAAGCGCGCUCCAGCCCCUCUCCCCAAGAUGGCUGAGGUCUCAGCAGAAGAAAAGAAAAAACAAGAGCAGAAAGCCCCGGAUAGAGAUGCUAUCUUGCGAGCCACCGCCAGCCUGCCCUCUUACAACAUGGACCGCGCCGUGGUGCAGACCAACAUGAGAGACUUCCAGACGGAGCUCCGGAAAAUCUUGGUGUCUCUCAUCGAGGUGGCACAGAAGUUGCUGGCGCUGAACCCGGACGCGGUGGAAUUAUUUAAGAAGGCGAACGCCAUGCUGGACGAGGACGAGGACGACCGUGUGGACGAGGCGGCCCUGCGGCAGCUCACGGAGAUGGGCUUUCCCGAGAGCAGAGCCGUGAAGGCCCUGCGGCUGAGCCGCAUGUCGGUGCCCCAGGCCAUGGAGUGGCUAAUCGAGCACGCGGAAGACCCCACCAUAGACACGCCGCUUCCAGGCCCGGCCUCGCAGGGAGAGGCGGGCGCCGAGGCCGCCCCCGCCGCUGCCGCCGGGACCAGCGCGGAGGACGAGGAGGCCAGAGACGAGCUGACGGAGAUCUUCAAGAAGAUCCGGAGGAAACGGGAGUUCCGCGCAGACGCCCGGGCCGUCGUUUCCCUGAUGGAGAUGGGAUUCGAUGAAAAGGAAGUGAUAGACGCCCUCAGAGUGAACAACAACCAGCAGAACGCCGCCUGCGAGUGGCUGCUGGGAGACCGCAGGCCCUCUCCUGAGGAGCUGGAUAAGGGCAUCGACCCCGACAGCCCUCUGUUUCAGGCCAUCCUGGAUAACCCCGUGGUGCAGCUGGGCCUGACCAACCCUAAAACCUUACUAGCAUUUGAAGACAUGCUCGAGAACCCGCUGAACAGCACCCAGUGGAUGAACGACCCCGAGACGGGCCCAGUCAUGCUGCAGAUCUCCCGCAUUUUCCAGACCCUGAACCGCACGUAGGCCGCGUGCUCCAGCCGCCGGGCCCAGGAGGGCGGCCUCUUACUUCCCAGCUGAGGGCUGGGAAGAGCGGGCAGACCCCGGGGUGCCCCUGGGCUGGGGAGGGGAGAAGGGCGGCCGGAGGGGGGCCCCCCCCCCGGGUGUUGGGCGCCCGGGCCACGCUCGUGCUUGGAUCUUCCUGCUGAAAAGCCUCUGACAGUGUUUACAGACAAGGUCGUCACCCCGGGAAGGGGUCGCCUCCCUCCAGUGUCCCUCUGGGCUCUUGAAACGCUACUUGAAUUGACCUGUAGGCGCUGCUUGUAGAGUCCACUUGUUAUUUGAAAGAUGGCAUGUUUCAAUCCAAAGUGUUAACGUCAAGGGUACUAACUUAAGUAGAAGAGCUCGCAGACGACUUUUCUUUAAUAAAUAAGUUCCCCUUUUCCAA